AUGCGCGCCUCAACAGUCCUCAUGACCCUCUUCGCCGCCUUCGCCGUCGCCGUCCCAAGCAACCUCGACUCCAUCAACCUCCCUUCCCUCCUCGAGACCCGCCAGUGCGCAAAGGCGGGAACAUGUUCCAAAGGCGGCGACAAGGGUGAGAGCUGCUCCGCGCUCAAGUGCUGUAGUGAUUCCAAGUCUGGUCGUGGCGAACAGGUCUGCUGCUGCAACUAA